AUGGAAAAACCCCGUUCGCAAAUGUAUGAACUCACGCAAGAGCAGUUCGAACGGCUGCUUACGAAUUUUAAAGCCGCUGGUAAUAUUAAGAUGACUUCUUUUCCUUACACCUUUUCCGGGGCCGAAGACGGGCAGCAAUUUUUGUCAGCGCUUCGAACUUUUAAAGAUAUAGAGAACAUAAACGAUCAAGAUGCCAUGAAAUCCCUACCUGUGCUGCUGAAAGGGGAUGCUGCUCAGUGGUGGCAUAGUAUAAAGAACGAGAAGAAUACUUGGUCUGAUUUCAUAGUCGAAUUUGAACGAAGGUUCGUGUCGCCAAAGCCGGCAUACCAAAUUUAUAGACAAAUAUUUGUUACCCAAAAGCAGGAAAAAACAAAAGAAUUCAUUAACCAGAAGAGAAUUCUUUUCUCAAAAUUGCCUUCAGCCAACCGACACAGUGAAAAUCAACAGAUAGAUAUGAUAUAUGGUCUGCUAAAAAUCACUGUUCAAAAUGUGUUAAUGCGGGAUGAUGUACGUAAUUUUAAUGAUUUUCUCCAGAGAGUUCAAAACAUUGAAGAUCUUGAAUCUUUGAGACUCAAUAGAUUUUAG